AUGCCGAAGUUUAUUCCCCGCCAAAGAAAACAGAGGCAUCGGCAGCAGCAACAGGCUGCGAAUACCGCGACCGAUACUAAUGCGGCGGAGAUAGCACCGCUCUCGAAGAGCGAGAAGGAAGCCAGAAAGGAGAAACUCCGUGAAGAAUUGAGAGCGCAACAUCCGAAGAUAUCUGCAAAAAAGCAGAAGCGCCUGGAUAAAUACAUUGACAAUAAACUCAAGAAAGAAGAAAACACUGCGCUGCUCAAGAAACUUGCACAGUCAAGAGUUGAAGUCACCGGCCUUCAGAGCUCAAAAGAGCUUGGAAAACGGAAGAGAGAUGAUGAUGGUGAACCCCCGAGACAGAAAGUGGAUGUCGCCGAUGGACGCAAUGAGCCGGAGUGGUCCAGUGACGAGUCGGACGAUGAAUUACCCCGGACAAAAACGGAGCCCAUUGGAAAAACAGCGACUUCGGCGGAUCAAGGGUCGUCGAACGUGAUGAACGGUAUCGGUCUAAAACGCCCUCUAGAACUUGGACCAGAUGGUUUCCCAAUUCUCAAAAAACGAAAACGCGCAUCAAAACCAACCCCGGCAGCCACAUUAAAUGAAGUACCAUGGGAAGGAUUUGGCUCAGAGGAUGAGACAAAGGAUGGGAAUCCUUCAUCUGUUGACGAGUCGGAAAGUGAGGAGAAAGGAGAGGAUUCAGGCUCUGAAAGCGAAUCGGAUGAUUCAACGACUCAAGAAAGUGACGAUAAUGACAGCGAGGACGGGGCCGAGGAAGGAGAAGAAGAAGAAGACGAUGAUGAUGAUGAAGACGAGGAUGAGGAUGAGGAAAGCACUGCUGACGGACGUAUUAAGCCCCGGCAGUCCGCCUUCAAGUCAUGGGCCCAACAACAGAUCAAUGAUAUUGUGGGAUUUAAGCCUACAACUGGUCCGAUAACCUCCGAACCACAACCAGUCAUAUCGGCAUCCGCGUUACCGGUCAGAGAUAGGGCCACAGAGGAGGAGCCAUUACCUUUGGAACUUCAGGUUACCGAAGGCAAUCCUUAUCGGAAAGCAUUUAGUGUUCAGGUUGAUCGUCCUGAGGAAGUUCAGGAGGCGCGUUUAAAGCUACCUGUUGUCGGAGAGGAACAGAAGAUUAUGGAGGCAAUCCACAACAACUCAGCCAUCGUAAUUUGGGGAGCUACUGGAAGUGGUAAAACCACGCAGCUUCCGCAAUUCCUGUUCGAAGCCGGCUACGGUAAUCCCGAGAGUGGAAACCCUGGCAUGAUCGGAGUCACUCAGCCCCGUCGAGUUGCUGCUGUAAGUAUGGCAAAGCGUGUAGGCGAUGAGUUGGGCCAGUUUUCGUCCCAAGUGUCCUACCAAAUCCGGUUCGAGAGCACUGCUACUAGCAAGACUGCGGUCAAGUUCAUGACUGAUGGUAUUCUUAUUCGGGAAAUCGCCGAAGACUUUUCUCUCAGCAAAUACUCCAUCAUUGUGAUCGACGAAGCCCACGAACGUAGCGUCAACACCGACAUCCUUAUUGGUAUGGUCAGUCGCAUUGUUGACCUGCGCAAAAACAUGAGCGAGGAGGACCCUUCAGUAAAGCCUUUGAAACUUGUGGUCAUGUCUGCAACUCUGCGCAUUUCGGACUUCACGCAAAACCCAAGUCUUUUCCGCCAGGGCCCGCCACCUUUAGUACAAGCAGAAGGCCGUCAAUACCCCGUCUCUGUUCACUUCGCUCGGCGGACGCAUCGUGAUUACGUCGAAGAAGCUUUCAGAAAGGUUUCUAGAGGCCACCGCAAGCUUCCUCCAGGGGCUAUACUUGUGUUUUUGACUGGUCAGAACGAGAUCAGACAGCUCUCCAAGCGUUUGAAGCAGGCCUUUAAACCGACACAACGAGGAGAGGUGGCUCAAGCCAAAGUCCAGAUAUCCGCGAAUGAAGCACCACUAGAGGCGGAGGAUUUAGAAAUAGGUGAAGUUGAUGUCUCCAACACCGCGGACUACGAGGAUGACGAUAGCGACCUCGAGAUUACUGGUCUCGACGACCCCGAGGAAGAUGAAGAAUUCGAUGUAGGAGAAGAAGGCGAGGAGGCGAUGGAUUCGUCCACGAAAGUUCACGUACUGCCAUUGUACUCGCAACUUCCUACCAAGGAGCAACUCCGAGUCUUCGAGCCACCUCCGGAGGGCUCACGAAUGAUCGUUUUAGCAACCAACGUGGCCGAAACGAGUCUUACCAUCCCAAGCGUCCGGUAUGUUUUCGAUUGCGGCCGAGCUAAGGAGAAGCAAUACGACUUAGAAACGGGCGUGCAGAAAUUCCAAAUCGACUGGAUCAGUAAGGCCAGUGCAAACCAGCGAGCUGGACGUGCUGGUAGAACAGGACCCGGUCACUGCUAUCGAUUAUAUUCUUCCGCGAUAUACGAAGGCGAAUUCGCCGAAUACACAGACCCGGAGAUCCUACGGACGCCCAUUGAAGGCGUUGUCCUGCAGAUGAAGAGCAUGGGUCUCCACAAUGUCAUCAAUUUCCCUUUCCCUACACCUCCCAGCCGUAAGGGAAUCACAAAGGCCGAGAAGCUCCUAAAGAACCUAGGUGCUCUCUCCGCCGACGGCAAGAUUACGCAUAUCGGAAACAGCCUAUCUACAUACCCUCUCUCGCCUAGGUUCGGUAAGAUGGUAUUCGUCGGCCACCAACACGGUUGCAUGCCCUAUGUAAUUUCGCUUGUUGCGGCUCUAGCUGUCGGGGAUCUUUUCGUCGCGGAGAACCAGAUUGACCCAGUAGGCAAGGAAUCAACAGAGGACAAUGGAGUUUACAGAAACUCAGACCGUCUCGAGGAUACGGCUCGGGAAAAGCGUCACAAAGACUACGCGCGAGCCCACCGUCUCUUCAGCAAACAUGACGACAACUCCGACGCACUUAAAUACCUCUCCGCGAUUUGCGCUUACGGGUACGCUUCAGAUGGUGACUCUUUCUGUGAAAAAAUGUUCCUACGCGCCAAAGCACUCAAAGAGGCAGCGCAAUUGAGACGCCAGCUCACCGAUAUCGUAAGAAACAACAACCCCGGCCUCAUUGCGGCCUACCAACCGCGAUUACCGGAGCCAACGGAGAAACAAGUCAAGGCGCUCAAGCAGAUUGUAACAGCAGGCUUCAUUGACAAUGUUGCGAUCCGGGCAGACCUCGCCCCCGUUCCUCCGGAGAUGCAACGCACGCCAAAGCGCGCAAUCGACGUGCCCUAUCUCACGCUCUUCAGAUCACGAGACGGGCCUUCGAAGGAGUUAAACGAAAAGGCUGUCUUUGUUCAUCCAACGUCUGUGAUUGCGAAGCUUUCACCGAAGGAAAUGCCUCAGUACAUUAUAUUUUCCCAUCUGCAACAGUCAGCACCUUCAGUCGUGGCGGGAGAUGCUCCCAAGAUCAGGAUGUACCCACUAGUCACACCCAGUGGGCUUCAACUGUCGGCAUUAGCUCACGGUACGCCGCUUAUCGAAUACGGCAAGCCGAUUGGAAAGAUCGAGCAGUUGGAUGGCGUGCCUGAGCGACGAGCGUGCUUUGUGAUCCCGUCGUUGGUAGGCGAAGUGGGAAGUACAGGAUGGCCGUUACCAGCAAAGAAGGUCAUCCAAAGGAAGGAUUUGAAGCAGGGUUGGAUUAUUGAAAAGUUUACUACAUAG